GUUAGCUUUUCUUUACUUUUCUAGCAGCUUAUAUUCUGGCCAUGUCCGAAACUGCUCCCGCCGAGACCGCUGCUCCGGCUCCCGUGGAGAAGUCUCCCGCCAAGAAGAAGACAGCCAAAAAGGCUGGCGCGGCGGGGAAGCGCAAGGCGUCCGGACCCCCGGUGUCCGAGCUCAUCACCAAGGCUGUAGCCGCCUCCAAGGAGCGCAGCGGCGUGUCCCUGGCCGCGCUCAAGAAGGCUUUGGCUGCUGGAGGCUACGAUGUGGAGAAGAACAACAGCCGCAUCAAGCUGGGGCUCAAGAGCCUGGUGAGCAAGGGCACCCUGGUGCAGACCAAGGGCACCGGCGCCUCCGGCUCCUUCAAGCUCAACAAGAAGGCGGCUUCCGGCGAGGCCAAGCCCAAAGCCAAGAAGGCAGGCGCGGCCAAGGCUAAGAAGCCCGCGGGUUCCACCCCGAAAAAGCCUAAGAAGGCUGCGGGGGCAAAGAAGACCGUGAAGAAAACUCCAAAGAAAGCAAAGAAGCCUGCGGCGGCUGGUGUAAAGAAAGUGGCCAAGAGCCCUAAGAAGGCCAAGGCUGCAGCCAAGCCUAAGAAGGCAGCUAAGAGUCCGGCAAAGCCCAAGGCUGUGAAGCCCAAGGCAGCCAAGCCUAAGACGGCUAAGCCUAAAGCUGCUAAGGCGAAGAAGGCGGUUUCCAAGAAGAAGUAG